GAAGGUGGGACCGGGCUGGGCAGCGCUGACGGUGCAGGGCUACCCAUUCGUUCCGAGAUGGCAGAGGCGGAGGAGACACUGAAGCGACUUCAGAGCCAGAAGGGAGUGCAGGGAAUCAUGGUGGUGAACACAGAAGGCAUUCCCAUUAAGAGCACCCUGGACAACCCCACCACCACACAGUACGCCAACCUCAUGCACAACUUCAUCUUGAAGGCCCGGAGCGCCAUGCGUGAAACUGACCCCCAGAAGGACCUGACUCUCCUUCGGAUUCGCUCUGAGAAAAAUGAAAUUAUGGUUGCACCAGACAGAGACUACUUCCUGAUUGUGAUUCAGAAUCCAACUGAAUAAGCCACUCUCUCUCAGCUCCACGCAUCACUCCUUAAUUUAAGGCCCCCAAGAACAAGAGUGUGAGUCAUGUCAACCAGCUGGCAGGUGGAAACCACCUUCGAUCCCCUGCGGGCCAGCCCAGGGGCCGGCGUGGCCGCAGCACCGCCCGCCCAGGCGCCCCUCUGCUGGCCGCAGCCUGACGCCCGGGAGGCCUCUUCCUCACCCUCCGAAAACGAGAGCUUGUGAGAGGCCCACACCCUGCUUCCUCCUGACGUUCAGUUCACUUUGUUUCCCUUGGAAAAGGCUGCUUUUCUUUAACUAAAAAUAACUGAAACGUGAAAAAAAAAA